UUCAGCUGAUCAAAAAAUUUAGUCGUGUUUUUACAUCAUUCGUUAGAGCAUUACACCUUUGCAAAUAUUAAAUGUAAUUGAUAAUAAAUAAAAACGUAUUUUUUGGGUAAAACAUUGUAACGCCAUUUAAAAAUAAAUCGAAAUCGAAGAUAUCUUGUGUGUGUUUCGCACCCAAAAGGGAAUGGUUUAAUUUUUUGAAAAUGAAGUGCAAUUUCAGUGUUAAUGAUAUAAAGGAAAUUUCUAUAAAGAGAUAAAAUAAAAUAUCGGAAAGAAGACGAUGGAUGAUGAGGAGGCAGACUUGCGGGAGCAGAUUUUUCAUAACAAUGUUCGAGAGCAGAUCAUAUUCCUGCUUUUGUUUAUAUUACUAUACCUCUUCUCGUUCAUGUUAAUCGAGAAAUUUCGUCGGCGCGAUAGCGAUGAUUAUUUUACGGCUGACGAAGAUGAGGUGAAGGUAUACAGAAUAAGCCUAUGGCUGUGCACAUUUGCAUUGGCCGUGUCUUUGGGCUCGGCACUCCUGCUGCCCGUCUCGAUAGUCAGCAAUGAAGUGCUCAUAUUGUACCCGAACAGCUAUUAUGUUAAAUGGCUUAACAGUUCUCUAAUACAAGGAUUAUGGAAUCAUGUAUUCUUGUUUUCCAACUUAUCACUGUUUGUAUUUCUGCCGUUUGCAUAUCUAUUUUCUGAAUCCACUGGAUUUCCUGGAUGCCGAGGCUUGAAAGGCCGUGUGUAUGAGACCUUCAUAGUACUGGCUCUUCUUGGUGUGGCCAUGUUGGGGCUAGCAUAUGUUAUAUCUGCUUGGUUGGAAGGGGACCGUUCUAGUCUGGAUGCUCUACUGAAUUUAUGGACGUAUCUUCCGUUCCUGUACUCUUGCGUGUCAUUCGUCGGUGUUUUGAUGUUAUUGGUGUUUACACCAUUGGGAUUCGUCAGAUUGUUCGGAGUCGUUGGUGGCGUGCUCGUAAAACCCCAGUUCCUAAGAGAUCUCAAUGAGGAGUACUAUGUAUACUCUUUUGAGGAAGACACGAUUAGACGACGUAUCGAGACCUCGUUGACUACGGGUAUUGGCUACAUAUCACCAGAACCUAUGUACCCAGACCGAGGUGACAUAUCAGCGCCCGUUGACGCGGACGCGUCCAUGUCAAAAGGAAGCAAGAACUCUUCGCCCGAAGGGAAAGGAACCCCGCUGCUUAGACUGAGGAAUGGGGCCUUACAAGCUGGCCUUAAAGAGAGGCUUCAAAGAAUUGUCGCCAUGAGAAAGGAAGUAGAAAAUCAACGCAAGACCUCGUCCCUGCAGCGGAAUGUGGUGUACCCUUUAGCGAUGCUGCUCCUACUUGCGCUAACUACCAUAACAGUUCUGAUGGUGCUGCAGAACACGCUGGAGUUACUCAUAGGAAUUAAGGCAUUGCCGCUCAGCACUCGGCAAUUCACGCUCGGGAUCGCGUCGCUGUCCAAGCUGGGCUGGGCGGGCGCCACGCUGGAGGCGUUCCUCAUCCUGUACCUGCACGCGGCGUCGCUGACGGGGCUGAGCACGCCCAUGCGCGCGCUGCGCGUGCUGCCGCGCGCGCGCCGCACGCCGCUCGCGCGCAUCAUCGCGCUCUGCGCCGUGCUGCUCGCGCACUCCACCGCGCAGCCGCUGCUCGUCAAGAUACUGGGUAUCACGAACUUUGAUCUGCUAGGCGAGUUCGGUCGCAUCGAGUGGCUCGGCAACUUCAAGCUGGUGCUGCUAUACAACGCGAUCUUCGCGGCCACGGUGACGCUGUGCCUCGUGAGCAAGUUCACGGCCAGCGUGCGGCGCGAGCUCUACAACAGAUUUAAAUGGGUAGCAGAGGUUUUUAUUACACCUGAAGACUUGCCAAUACCAAAUAUUUCAACAGUUUCACCUCAGUUGUCUGCUGAUAGAACAGUUAUCGCUGAGAAGACUGACAAAUCUCAUUUAAAAACAGAUUAGGACAAAGA